CUCGUUGACACCAUCUCCAUCACUCCUCCCAACGACUGCUGUAUAUCUGAUCCCUCGUUGGAGAAAAACAGUCGCAAUCAGUUAUAGAUUCCCCAUCUACCAACCACCACCAUGCAGCAGGCUGCCCAGCAGUCCUGGGAGUUCGAAAACGCCAUCAAUCUAAUUGACCCCCACCGCGACGCCCUCUACCGCUACAACGAAUCAACCCACACUCAACUAAGCAGCACGCGACCAUGGUCCAAAGACCCGCAAUACUUCAAAUCCGUGCGGAUCUCCGCCGUCGCACUCCUCAAAAUGGUGAUGCACGCGCGGUCAGGCGGAUCCCUCGAAGUAAUGGGUCUGAUGCAGGGAUACGUGCAGCACGAGACCUUCAUCGUAACAGACGCCUUCCGGCUCCCCGUCGAGGGCACCGAGACGCGGGUCAACGCGCAGGACGAAGCCAACGAGUACAUGGUGUCGUAUCUGCAGGCGUGCCGAGACUCGGGCCGCAUGGAGAACGCCGUCGGGUGGUACCACAGUCACCCUGGGUACGGGUGCUGGCUGUCGGGCAUUGACGUGUCGACGCAGGAUAUGCAGCAGAUGGGGGGUCCGUUCGUGGCGGUCGUGAUCGAUCCCGAGCGGACUAUCUCCGCGGGGAAGGUCGACAUCGGUGCGUUCCGCACGUUUCCCAAGGACUAUAUGCCUCCUUCCUCCUCCAAGGAGGGACAGGGUCAGGACGGCGAGGGCGCCGGCGACGCCGACGGCGGAGACGACUACCAGGCCGUGCCGCUGAGCAAGGCCGAGGAUUUCGGCGCGCACGCGUCACAUUACUACAGUCUCGACGUAUCAUACUACAAGAGCUCGCUAGACGCCGAGCUACUAUCGCUACUGUGGAACAAGUACUGGGUAGCGACGCUAAGCCAGAGCCCGCUGUUCACGACGCGCGACUACGGCAGCAAGCAGAUGAUGGAUCUGAGCCAGAAGGUCCGGCGCGCGACGCGGGGCAUCGAGAAUAGCGCUUCGCGCGGCGGAGGACCCUCGACCGUUAAGGAUCCGCAGCUGGAGAAGGUCGUGCGGGAUGGACAGCGGAUUGUCUCCGAGGAGGUUAAGGGGUUGUUGGCGGCGGAUGUGAAGAUGAAGUUGUUCCAGGGGAUUGGGGAGGAUAGCCGCGCGGAGACGUAGCUGGUGGAUUCGUGCUUUAGCUGUGAAACGACGAGAUGACUUCUUUUUAUUUUUUGCUAGGUGUCUUCCCCUGCGGUAGGGUCAGCCUGUCGUAGAGCAUAGUCCACCUACUUGGCUUAAGAGCUAACACACCCUGGUGGGCUUUCCAGGCAGGGCCCAACACCCAAGUAGGACUACUAUACAUAGACAACGACCAUCGAUCAACCUACAAAUCGGACCAAUUACGGAGUCAAGGCACGUCCACGCUAU